GGUCUUUAUCAGGAAGUCGUCUGAGUUUCUCUUUUCACAGUGUCUCUUCUCUCAUGUUCAGAAUUUAUAAUCUCUCCAUCUGACUUGGGUUCACUGCCUUCUUUAUGGCGGAUUCUCUAGAAGACGAUCUCUCAUGCCCAGUGUGUUGUGAGAUUUAUCAGGAUCCUCAGCUCCUCUCCUGUGGACACACUUUCUGCAGCCAGUGCCUCCAAAAACACUGGACUGUUAACACUCGGACGUGUCCCGUGUGUCGCAGGGUGUCUCUGCAGGAACCCGUGGCCAACCUCGCUCUGAGGAACACCAGUGAGACUUAUCAGAAGGAGAAGGAACGGCAGAAGAAGGAAAGUGGAAGUGAAGUCAGAUGUUCUCAACAUGGAGAGAAAGUGAAGUUCCUUUGUAAAACUGAUGAGGAGGUCAUAUGCUCAAAGUGCAGAAAGGAAAGUCACAAAUCGCACAGAGUUCAGCUUCUCAGAUGGACUGCACGACAGCACAAGGACCGAACUAAAGUAGCUCUCUGUCCAGCUGAGAGCAUUCUUGACUCGUUACAAAAUGGCACAGCACAGGAAUGUAAAGUCGUCAAAUACAUUGAGUAUCAGGCCAAGCAGACUGAGAAGAAGAUGAAAAAGGAGUUUGAGAAACUUCAUCAGUUCCUUAGAGAGGAGGAGGAAGCCAUGAGAGCUGCACUGAGGGAGGAAAAGGAGGAAAAAAAAGGAAAACUAGAAGGAUGGAUCGAACAGGAGAUAGUGUCCCUCUCCGAUCAACUGAUGGAGAAUUAUGGCUACAUUCCAUGGGUUCAGGGCAGACUGUCAGAUUCCCAGCUGAGCUCCGGGUCUCUGAUCAAUGUGGCCAAACAUGUGGGAAACCUGAGGUUCAGAGUGUGGGAGAAGAUGAAAGAUCUCUGUCCUUACUACCCAGUAGUCCUCGACCCAAACUCCGCCCACGUCUCUGUGUCUGAUGAUUUGGUGUGUGUGAGCCGCUCCGGUCCCAAGUCUUACUCCCCCAGUCCUCUACACAGCAAUACUAACCUUUUGGUUCUAGGUUCAGAGGCCCAAAAUUCCAGUGUCAGCUGCUGGGAUGUGGAGGUGGGAGACAGCAAUCACUGGACCCUCGGUGUGUGUCGACGCUCCGUAGCUGAGAGAAACAUCACACAACCAUUGACUCCUCAAAAUGGGUUUUGGGGUCUUUGCAGAAAUGGCAAUUGCUAUAAUGCCUUAGGGUCUGCUCCGGGUUGGUUAAUGAGACAUCCAGAAACGAUGCGGGUGAAGCUGGUUAAAUAUCAUGAUAUGAAUAACUGGAGGUUUUAUUGGAUGCUGAAAUUUUUAGAUGCUAGCAGCAAGUCAGAGAUCGCUUGUAUUCGUGAUAUAGCCUUGGAGAGUGAUCUUGUCCCCUUCCUGAUCCCAGAGGACAGGAAUGCUCCUCUGCGCAUCGUUCCUGUAAAUGUGAACAUGACCAAGGAGAAUAAGUUCAGCUUCUUUGAGAAGCACAUGCACAUGUUACAUUUGUAUGUAAUUGGAUUCCUUGUGGUGCUUUGGGUGCUUAUGGUGAUGCGAAGUUCACAUCAUUAAUUGAGAAACUGAAAAUUAGUGGAGCGUUUCAAGAAGCAGCUUAUAAGAAUUGAUUCUGAGGGUUCAACAAGUUUAAGCCAGAUGAGCAUGGAGAUCAGUUCUAAUAAAGCUUAACAAAGACAUGGAAUAGGGGUAAUGAUAACAUAGUGUGAUAUUUGCAUACUUUUAUUCUAGAAUUAGAUUUAUGCCAAAAUAAUGAUCGAAUUUUUAUCUUCAGCAGUUAAAAAUGUAACAGUUAAAUGUUGUUUUCUUUAUGAUUACAUAAUUAUAAUGCAUUAAUGUUCUAUUCAUGUUACAAUGACACAUAUGCAUAAAUAUGCACAAUAGCUUAAAAUUCACAAAAAUACAUACAAUUUGUUCCGUGUAAUUUUAUCAGAUAUUUUAUAUUUUUUAUCCAAAACAUACUGUACACUUUAUUAAUAUAAAAAUCAUGUUGAUUUUAUAGACUUUUAGAAGUACAGGUGUCAGUUCUGAUACUCACAUGCCCAUUGUCAGAGCUUUCGGUGUUGGUCAGCAUGGGACCCUGACCUGUCUGUAGCUAGCUACUUUGCUCCAUACACAACAAACUGCCGCGCGUUCUGUGUUCUGAAUUCUUUUUAACGUCAAAUCUUGUGUAUGCCAUAGACAACAUUAUACCUGCAUAACCUCGGACAGCAGUCCUCUGUGUUUAAUAUGAAGUUUAGGCUUCAGCUCUUCAGCUCUUCGAUAAGUGUCUCACUGUAGCAAACACUGAUGAUUGUUGAUCGUUUUUCUGAUAAUGUUCCAAUACUGGCCCUUAAGAAUCCCAAAAAACUGUGAGCAUUGAUGAAUUUUCCAGCUGAUAGUUGACUUUUGAACUUUUUCUUAACUAGCGAUUGAGGAGUUUCCAUUCCAUACGCUGCCGUUUACUCUCAAGCUUGUAGUGAGGAAUCUGUGUCUCAUCACCAGUAAUGAUUCUCUUUAAGAAACUUUCACCUCCCUUAGAACAUUGAUAUCCAAACACUUCUGUUUAUGCUCUUCCAUGAGUUGUUUUGGCACCAGGUACACCCUCAGACCACAAAAAAAAAAAAAAACAAUCCCUGGCACCUGCUCUUCUUUCGUGCAAAUCACAAUGCAACAUCCAUUCUUGCUCGCAUCGCAGUUAUAAAUAAAAUAAUGACACUUAAAUGCUGUUGAGCUGGAGACAGAGAAAUAUUUAAUACUAAUCAGCAUAGAACCAGAGUUGAUUUCUCAUAAAGAGUAACAGAGAGAGAGAAUGUAGGUAAUUGUCAUCUGAACCUGUUUAAACCUUCACUUUCCAAAAAGACCUGGCAGCCUUGGACUACAACACCCAGCAUGUUCACGUUCAGAUCUUGUUCACACUCACCUGAAUUCCCAUCAUUAUGCUUACCUUAAUGCUCUCUCUCUCUCUCUCUCUCUAUAUAUAUAUAUAUAUAUAUAUAUAUAUAUAAACACUCUGGACUCUAUCCUUUCAUGAAGUAUUGCUCAAUACACUCUAUUCUGACCUUACCAAAGCUUACACUUUAUCUUUAACCUACUUUUGAUUCUGAUUUGUUUUCUCAUCGCUGGACUUUGUGUUUGACGUUGUUUUUUCAUUCCACAUGGUGAUUUGGAUUUGUUUGCCUAUGAAUACAAUAAUUAAAUAUUUCACUAAUGCAGCUGCAUCCAUUUCAGCCCUGAUAGUCACGGUAUGAUAGGACAACAUAAUUACUUUAUUUGUUUGCACAUCACAGUAAACAUGAAACUGCAUGAGAUUAAAGCAGUUAAAUUUCCUAACAGAAUUAUGUUUUCUAAAAAAUAUACAUGAUUGCAUUUUGGUGGAUUUUGUUUACUCUGUAUUUUAACAUGAUUGUAUAAGAUAUAUAUAUUUAAGUUC